GGUUGAGCCAGUCCAUGAGAUUGAGAUUGAGCAGGGUUCGGAGAAUUUUUCUCAGCAGGUGAUCUAUGAGAAGAUCCCCGCGUUCUGUAUCUCGUGUAGUCAUGUGGGGCAUAUUGCAGCUGAUUGCUACAUUAGCGGCAAUAAGCCACGACCUACUCUGCCACAGCGCAAUCGUGCGACUCGACCCGGGCCCUCCAACACCCGGAGGGACCCGAAGUGGAAGGGCAAAAGCCCUAUCCAUGCGCCCGGGACCCCAAAGGGGUUCAAGGAUAAGGGCAAGGCUGUCAUUGAAGCCACUACCCAAACUGGGAAGAAUUCUCAUCCUAACCACCCUGAGCAGUUGGCUACAGUAGGGCCCAAGCCCAAGGCCACGGGCUUUCUUCCCAGAAAUACCUUACAGUCGGCCUUCAAGGCCAACCAGUCGUACUUUGUAGUCCUCUCCCCCGAGGAAGUGGAUGAGGCUGAGCCUUCCACUAGUGACUCCCCUAGGUUUUUGGAUCUUGGUCCUUUAGACGAUGAUGACCUUCUUAUAGAUGAUUUGGAGCAGCCGGACACCUCGACCAGUGGCACGUCCAUCCACUUAUCUGAUGACAGCACUCGCGAUGCUGUUCCUUUGUCUAUUCAUUCAUCUAGCCAGUACCGCUCUCUGGAGAUGAGGACAGCUCCCGGCACCGCUCCCCCAAUAGGGGAAGAGCUGGCACAUCUCUCCUCUACUGAGAUUGGGAGCUCGGCUGAGCAUAUAUCUAGUCUCCAGCCACACUCU